AUGGCCCAAGCCCCGCACCCCGCGACGGAGCCCGCCAGCUACCAACGGCACUAUCCUCUCGAUCUGCCCUCUGGGCUGCCCUUCGAGAGAUACGAACACCGACGUCUUACGGCACGUGACAUCCUCGUCCACCGGAUAGUAUCAAAGCUCUUGUCUCCCACGCCAGCGUUCGCCUCAGCCUUGGACGCCCAUCGCCCGACCUCAAAUCCCAGCCGCUCCAGCUCGUCCCACUCUUAUCACAACUUUGGUCCUCUCAGGCCGGUCGACAAGACUCUCGCCCGAGAUGUUGAGCUCCUCCGCAAGAUGCUCAUCACUAGCAGCACCGAGGAGUGGGUUUCGCAGACUUUGGUCAAGCCCUUCACUUCAUUCGUGGUUAAUAUUUGGGUAAACCGACCGCCAGAAGAGCUCUUGCUCCCACGCCACAGGACCGAUUUUCAGGAGUCAACAAUCGAGGAGGAAAUUCUAGAUUUGAUACGAAGGCACUACAUGGAGACAGAUGACGCGACAACUAGGCUGUGGCUUCAAACGCUACAACCAUCACGACCAUCGAGCUAUACAACCCUGCCGGGGAAGACGGCUAAAAAGGGCUCGUUCAAGAGGCUUGUCCAGGAACGAAAGCAAACCGAAGAACAAAAGGCUGCGGAGGAUUACAAGAGGUGGUAUGACAACGACACUGCGCUCCUGAAGGCUUUGCAAGAGCAGACACUCACUUCGAACCAGCGUGGGCUGUAUGAGGGAGGCGCUUUUCUCUAUGCAUUGCGAAAGCCGCUCUCAAAGUCAAGAGCCAUUCGCCAAAAUUUUCACAAGACGACGGAGUGGAGGGAAAAAUCAUUCUUCGCGGUCGAGGGUGCCUCACAGACUAUCAGAGACGAGGUGUACCCGUGGCCUGAGCAUCAUGCCCCGCGCCGAGUCCUGCAUAUGCCGUCAUUUUAUGGCUGGCGGCAGAAGCAUGAGUACUUCCAGACAGAACAGAUGCCAGUCGACUUUGCGAGCGGCAGGACUGGCCGUGGUCGGGACCGAGACGGUAUCUGGUCCACGAGUCGCUGGUCUGGCGAUGAUUUACCGCGUGGUCGGAUGAUGAGGCGUGGUCGUCGACGCGCGACAAGCGAACCGCCACCAGGACUAUUUACCGCGGCACGCCUGCCCUUCAGCUUUAAUGCCACCAGAGAGCUGCUCAUCUUCCCCAAGAUGAGCCUUGCAACGAUUGAGCGUCGGGCUCGGAGGCGCAGCCUGAGCCGGACCAGGGUCGCCGAAAUGUUCAACUGGGAUGUUGUGCUUACCAAGCCACCUGCGAGACCACAGAUCAAGGCGACUUUUGAGCUGCAUCUGAAGAUACCCUCCCAGCAUAUGCAUGUGAAACGUCAGGCAUUCCAUCGUAAGAGGGUUUGUGACCUCUUCUCCGCACGCCAUAUCGGCGACUAUGCCUAUCCUCUCUGCGAUUCCGAUCUCGACAAGUGUUUUCUGAAUAUCAACAGGUGGUUAGAUACACCAGCGGCCCACGAUUAUAUUGCUGCCUGGUUGUGGGAGUGGGGGCCUGAAUUUGUUAUCACCGUCCGAUUUAUCGGGGACAGACAUACGACCAUGGAGAUCGAAGGACGAGGACAUUACAAGCCAGACACGUGUUGGGGGGCUCGCCCUGUCUAUUCGGUCUUGCCGGCCGAGUUAUCUUCGCCGCUAUCAGCACAGUUGUUGCAGAGCUCAAAGCCCUCCUGGCCGGCACCAUGUGCAAACUGUACUUCCUCGACGCAUGUCACAGCGAGGUGUACAUUGCCCUGCGGCUACUGCGGUGCUCCAAACCCGGACUUGAAACGUACCACGUCGCGGACAAGUGUCCCAUCCUGUGCUCCCGCAGCUGCGGCAACACGCACCCCGCGGGCCAUUUCAAGCACAAAAACGCGAUGGGUUGCAAAAGUCGUUGUUGUAUGUGCGGUAUCAAAGGCCACAGUGGACAUCAAUGGUAGGGGCAGGUCCACCUUUAUCACUGUGAAGACCGUGGCCGAGGUGAAGAAUGAAGACGUUCCUGAGCACAAUGUCGACAACAACCCCCAAGAUGACGAGACGGCCUCGUCUACACCGAGAACGGCAAGGAGGAACAAACGCAAACACAGGCCACCACCCGGCUCAGUUAAGAAGGAAGAAGCAAAGCCAUGGUAUUCUCCCCUAGAGCCUCGUAUGCGGCCAGUAGUCAUGUCCAAGACAGGGAAGAAUACCGCCAAGUGGGCCGGGGCGGAUGCGGUUGCGGCAGUCAGGAUAGGAGGUUGUCGAUAG